AUGCUGAGAUUAGAGACCCAUAAUGAUUAGACUUGCUUAAGAGGAGUUAUAGAAGAAGUUGAAAUGACUGGUCACAACUGCAAAAUUACUAUUGUAAACAAUGUAGGCACUAUGAACAUCUUUUCGCAUAACAACUCUAUAUCUGGUCAGUACUCAAUAACUGAACUCGAGGGUAGGAGUGGAAUGACCAUAAUAAAGAAUAUGAUAAUUCAAGGUCAUAACAAUGUUAUUAAAAACUUGCAAAUAAAGAAUCUAACUGUCAAAGGCUGCAAUAAUUUCCUCAAAAAUUUAAAGGUCGAUAAUGUUGUCAAUAGAGGAGUUAAUAAUUAAUACCCUGGCUGCAUUACUUAUAAAAAUCAACCCUUUUAAGAAAUCUAAGGAAUGAAUCCAAAUCAAAAUGUUUUUUCUAACUUUAUGCCAACAUUUAACUUUGAUUUUCGAGGUGCACCAUAAAAUUGGACCGCAAACUAAAACUAAAAUAUACAUUAAAGAAAAGAAGAGGUAGAUCCUGAUGCUUAAAUUAGAAACUAAUAAAAUCAAUUUAUGCAACAAUAGCAAAGACAAAAAGCUCAAAAUUAAUCUAAUCAAAAUCAAUAAGACUAUGCAGAAGUUAAUAGAUAAGAAUAAAUUAAGAGGCUAUAAUAGGAAGAAGUUAAAAGAUAAUAAAGAGAAGAGUUGAAAAGCUAAGACAGGAACAUGAGCAACGUAAGAAACAAAGAAAUCCUAAUUGGAAGGAUGAAGCUGAUCAUGAUGGAAGUAUACAUCCCAAAAAUUAAAAUACAAAUAAUAAGAAUUAAGACUAGAAUCCUAGUGAUCAAAGACCUUUUAGCAAAGAAGAAUAACAGGGAAAUGUACAAAUAACUUGGUGGAGUUCUAUCGAAUUUCGGUCAUUAAAAUCCAAUUUAAAGUUUCACUGCCAAAACUAUGAGUAAUUUCAGUAAUGCCCCAGGAACGUUCAAUACCAUUAAUAUUAAUAUCUUGAACAACCCUACAGUAAAUUUCCGCUCUGGUGGAGGGAAUUAUAAUUUCGCUUCUGAGUUUUAUAACAAUACCAGCAGUGACUCUGAUUCUGAUGAAUACGAAGGGAUAGAAUAAUAAGAAGAAGAUGAAGAUAUGGUUGAUGAGAAUGAUGCUAAUAAUAAUGGUAAUAAUGAUGAUGACUAAGAAUAUGAUGAGGAAGGAGAUGAUGAAGGGUUGGAAUAUGAACCAGGUGAAUAUGAAGAUGAGGAACCAAAGUAUACAGAACAAUAAAUCCAAUAAACAAUAAAUUCUUUUACUGACUUUGUAUUUGACAAUACAGGGAAAGAUGCAGAUAACUGUGCCAUCUGCUAUGAUUUGUUAAAGAAAGGUCAAAUGGUAAAAGGCCUUCCUUGUAUGCACAUUUUCCACUCCAAAUGCAUUAAUCAAUGGCUCAAGUAAAAAUUGCAAUGCCCAUUAUGCAAAGUUGAAAUAGUACCUUGA